CUUCUAAAUCAGCCAUUAGAGAGAUUGACGAUUCGGUUGUUUUGGUUUGAUUAAGUCCUUUCAUUCUGAAAACUCCUUGAAAUCAAAUAUACGUGUGGAGUCUCUAUGUCGGUCUUCUUCAUGACGUUUCGUUUCUGAUUCAUCUGUUACAUUACAGGAUUAGCUGAUUCGUCGCCAUUAACAAUGUUUUUAUUCCUUGGAUCCACACUAGCCACGAUCUCUCAUUCAACACUUCUUAUCUCUCUCUCAGGCGGUGAAACUUCACCUAUAAAAACGUAUAUGUCUUCUUCCCAUAAACAUCAUCCUCACGAAUCCUAUUACAAUAGAAACUUUGGUCUUAGUAUAAUGGGUAACUCAUCUACCAUUUUUUCUGAUCUGAAGUCCGGACGUUGUUCAUCCACUGUGGAGGUCCGGCGUCUGUUGGGAUUCACGGCGUUGAGGAUUUUCUAAGCUGAUCGGUAUAAAAAAGUCAACCGACGGAGGAAAACCAGGCUUAGAUAAUGGCGUCACUCUCCAAAGUGAUAUCUCUUUUCGGCAGAUCUUAAACUAGACAACGAGCUCGCGAGACGACAAAAACUCGAGGUGGAGUAAGAGAUUGGAAACAGAGAAGAUAGGAAUAGAAGGAACAUUCAUAUCCGUUGUGUUAAAGAGACAUAAACAGAGUAGUGCGGUUGAUCUGCAUCUAGAAUUUAUUUCCCGGCACCAGUCCAUCGGCGUACUCCUUAAUCACGCAACUACAGUCAGACAACAAAAAAACGGUUUGUCUUCUACAGCUAAUGGAAGAGCCACAACCAGUCGUCAACGAUAAACUUCGCACCGUCACCACCUGUCUCCUAUGCGAAGUCGUUCAUGUCGUUCAUGUCUUCUCAUAAAUGUUACACCAAGAGCAACCAGAUAUCAUCAGGAUUCGUGAUCACUAACGCUUCGUCUCAGGUCUCGGUUCGAGGGGAAGUGCGUUAAUAAGGAGGGCUCAAUUUGUUCUGCAACCAAAUAUGGGGGUAUCCAGAAAUUUGAAAGUCUAAAGAGCUUAAAGCAUACGUACUAAUUUCAUAGCCACAGAGCGUACUGGAACUCAUCCCCUGCUUUCUGACGCGGUGAAAAUUAACCCUACUGAUGGGUUUAUAAUUGGAUCCCCUGAGAAAACAGCUGAGGGAGAUGCUGCUGAAAUGCUUGACGGAAGUGCUGUCGAGCCUGCUCUUCCACCUAUUGAACCUGUCUCAGGUGGAUCACAACAGCUGAGAAUGGACCAUUAAUGGAGGAGAAUCAGAAAGGGAAAAAUCCAUGCAUUACUCAACGUCAAUGCCUAAGAACCCUAGCUCAAGCCGAAGACCCAUGGACCUUAGCUAAAUAUGUAUUGACACUGCUCUCCUAUUUGCUCCCUUUGCAAUAUACCAUCAGUAUUUACAGGUAGUAUCAUACGAAGAAAGUUUUUCAUUGUGUGGUCUACAUGUUGUUUAGCAUAUUCUUUGUUUUUUAUGGUUUUCUGUUUAAGGCUUUUUACAGCAAAUGUUACAUUUCUCAGAUUAAUAAAUAAUUAUUCCUCACAUACGUCCCUUAUCCUAAUACACAAUAUGUCGACGCUUUAGCAAGUCAUGUGUAAAACUCCACUAUAACAGCUAUAAACAUGCUUCGUAGAAACUUGUAUCAUAUACUACUAAAAUGGUUUUUUUUUCCGGUUGCCGUUCGCCCUAGCGCCGUUUCUCCCAGCCACAAUUCCCGAGGCCGAUCUGCUUUCAAUCCUCUCCGACGCCGGAGGAGCUCGAGCUCGCCGGCGUCGGGACUCUUCAUCCCGUCCUUGCUCAUCUGCUGUUUCGCUGGUCCGUUUUUCCUCUGCUCUGCUCGUCGACUCUGGUCCAACUACGAUGGAGCCCCCUCGCCCCGUCUCUGUUCUUACACCACCUGUUUCUCCGCUCCACCCCUCACCGUGUUCUUCUCGUGAAGCUCUGCGUUACUCAGUCGCCGGCUCCGACGAACAAACUGAUUCUGUCAUACUCCUGCUCGAUCCUUCUCCUUUUGUAGUACUGAGUUUUCUCUCUCGAGUGAACUUGUUCUCAGUGAGGUCUUUGAAGAGUAAUCCCAGAUCUAUGGUCACAGAAGACUUUGUGAGGUCUUUGAAGAGUAGUCUCAGAUCUAUGGUCAAAGAAGGCUUUCCCUUCCACACCAGUCCGGCGAAGAACAUCCUAAUUGAAUGGUACGUGUCAAACCCAGCCUUAAGGGCUCUGAUUUCUCUGCAAGAUUUGUUAGGGACUGCGAAGAUCUUGGUUGAGGAAAGAAUCGUCGCCAUACUAGUCUCUCUCCAGUACAGCACAAACCAAAACUUUGAGGACAGGCUGUUGUUAGUGAAUGUAUUGGUGGUGACUGGUUUAGACAAGGUUCAGCUCUCACUCCGACAAAAUAAAUCUGUAUUCACUGCCAAACCGUGUGUUCGGUAUCUGCUACUCCUCCAUACUUUCACCUCAUUGCCCCAGCUUCUACGGUUCAUCAACUUCUAUGUGUCCUGGCCUACAACAACGUUGAGCCACACCGGACGUGGAGAGAUGGCUUUGACAUCCAUACCGUGCUCGUUAGUGUCAACUCCAUAUAUGGAGUCAGAGAAGAUAUUUGUCCCAAUCGUCUCAGCGCCCUUCUCACUGAACAACAUGCUCUUCCAAACUUAUGAGAUUCACCUAGUCUUUUUGGAGAGCAUUGUCGGACGAUCACCGGAUGCUCCAUUCUUGCGCCUACAAUGUAUGGUCAUUGAUUGUUUAAGGAAAGCAAUGCCAGUCAUCAUUUCCACUGAGCCCAAAACUGUCACGAUGAGUCUCCUAAAAGAGUACUCUAGAACCGGAGUUUAUGGCUCAACGCUCCUUGACCAAGCCACCUUAAUGGAGUAUUAUUACCUUCUCUCCGAUCAAGCCUGCAAGCGAGCCUCAACAUCUCAUAACUGUCUCAAGUAUGCAUCUUGGUCUCGAGGUCUCCUACCUUAUGCUCCUUUGAUCUUGAAUUUGCUUUCAAGCAAGAGCUGGUUAUUUUCAGUGGCGGUAUGCAACUGCUCCCAAAACCUUCGUGGGUAUUUCAACGUCGAUCAUUCCGACUAUAAUUUGUUCUCUCCAAGAACAGUUUCAUGGAUUCAAGUGAAGUGUCUCUACGGGUCAUUUUACUCCUUGAACACAUCUAUCGUUUUCUUUGUUGUAGUUUCCUUCUGUUUUCGUCUUCCCAUUGAGUUUUCCUCCGGAUGUAAUCGUCUUAGCUCGUUUAACAUUUAGAUUAAUAUAAUCAGUUUCGUGACAAA